AACGGGGAAAAUGGGAGCAGCAGACCUAAGUCAUGGGAAAAUACCUAUUUAAAAAUUCCUAGGCAAUAUCCCUGAGUUAUUAGUUUCAAGUAGGGGUGGGGAGAAAGGAUGAUAUCCACAGGUGACUAUGGCAUGUUCUGGAGGAGACCAGGUGUUCCUGCAAGUCUUCCAGUGACAUUUUCUCAACCCCGUACGCCUCACGCUUUAACUACAGCCGCGUUGGGAGAGCACUAUCACAAUAGAAUACCGUGAUGUUUGGUGACUUUCUGUCCAGAUGCUGAGGUACCUGUCUCCUUGGCACAGGCCAGUACGGAGCUGUAGUUGGAGUAGAUUGUUUACAAUGAAGUUGCAGUCAUCAGAAUUCCAGUCACUUUUCACAGACGGAUUGAAAAGUCUGACAGAAUUAUUUGUCAAAGAGAAUCAUGAAUUAAGAAUAGCAGGAGGAGCAGUAAGGGAUUUACUAAAUGGAGUAAAGCCUCAAGAUGUGGAUUUUGCUACUACUGCUACCCCUACUCAGAUGAAAGAGAUGUUUCAGUCAGCUGGUGUUCGGAUGAUAAACAACAAAGGAGAAAAGCACGGAACAAUUACUGCCAGGCUUCACGAAGAAAAUUUUGAAAUUACUACACUACGGAUUGAUGUCAUCACCGAUGGAAGACACGCUGAGGUAGAAUUCACAACUGAUUGGCAGAAAGAUGCUGAGCGCAGAGAUCUCACUAUAAAUUCUAUGUUUUUAGGUUUUGAUGGUACUUUAUUUGACUACUUUAAUGGUUAUGAAGAUUUAAAAAAUAAGAAAGUUAGAUUUGUUGGACAUGCUAAACAGAGAAUACAAGAAGAUUAUCUUCGAAUUUUAAGAUAUUUCAGGUUUUAUGGGAGAAUUGUAGACAAACCUGGUGACCAUGAUCCUGAGACUUUGGAAGCAAUUGCAGAAAAUGCAAAAUGCUUGGCUGGAAUAUCAGGAGAGAGGAUUUGGGUGGAACUGAAAAAAAUUCUUGUUGGUAACCAUGUAAAUCAUUUGAUUCACCUUAUGUAUGAACUUGAUGUGGCUCCUUAUGUAGGUUUACCCGCUAAUGCAAGUUUAGAAGAAUUUAACAAAGUCAGUAAAAAUGUUGAAGGUUUUUCACCAAAGGCAAUGACUCUUUUGGCCUCAUUAUUCAAAGUACAGGAUGAUGUCACAAAAUUGGAUUUGAGGUUGAAGAUUUCAAAAGAAGAGAAAAACCUUGGCUUAUUUAUAGUUAAAAAUAGGAAAGAUUUAAUUAAAGCAACAGAUAGUUCAGAACCACUGAAACCCUAUCAAGACUUCAUUAUAGAUUCUAGGGAACCUGAUGCGAUCACUCGUGUAUGUGAACUACUGAAGUACCAAGGAGAGCACUGUCUUCUAAAGGAAAUGCAGCAGUGGUCCAUCCCUCCAUUUCCUGUAAGUGGCCAUGAUAUCAGAAAAGUGGGCAUUUCUUCAGGAAAAGAAAUUGGGGCUCUAUUACAACAGUUGCGAGAACAGUGGAAAAAAAGUGGUUACCAAAUGGAAAAAGAUGAACUCUUAAGUUACAUAAAGAAGACCUAAAACUGAUGACAGCUGGUUAUGAAGAAGUGGAGGAUUUUUGGUAAGCCUAGUUUUUUUCCCCCCCUCUCAGUGAGAUUUUAAGAAACUACAGCAGAAUAAAAGCCAACUUGGAGGAUUUCUUUUGAAGAAUAAAGGUCUUAUUUUGUGAAAUGUAAUUAUAAUUCAGGCACUAAACUGAAGUCUACCUCUUCUUAAUCUGAUUUAUAUCAUGAACCUUAUUCUUUUUGAACAGUUCCCAGUGAGAAAAUUACAGUUGGUUUUUCCUAUCUUAAUCUGUUUAGAUUUUUAAAAAAUUUUAUUUUUUUGCAUAGGGCAGUACUAAGAUCCUAGAAAGUGGUAACUGUGUUGAAGAAAAAGAUGUUUAUUAAUGUUUGAAACUGAAAUAACUGGGUUUUUUUACGAUUGUCCAUAAAUGUCAGCUCUUAUCUAAAUUACAAUAAACUUGUACCUAAAAAGAAAAUAGGAAAAUAGUUGACACGUUUCCAUCCAUAAAAUAUCCUGUGUAAAAUGAACACUAAAUGUGUCCCAGGUGGCUGGCAUUCAUACAUACAGGUUUGUUUUAGCAAGCUCAGUUUUAGUAGGUAGUUGAUAAUUUUUUCUGCCAUAGUGACUUCCUUAACUAUGCAAAGCCUAGGAAAGUUAGUUAUGGACUUGAGCAGUACUCUUGAGCUUAUUAUUUUAAUAAAACAUUUCCUUUGGUAUUGGAAGACAAA